CUUCAAAUGUUUUUAAAUUAUGCGAAUUUAAAAACUUACACCUUCCCCACAUUCUCACGCCAGGUCGCGUGUUACCCGCGCUUUGCAAAUCACAUAACCUAAAGGUAUGGCUGAACCGGAUGAUUGUGUCCUGCUAAAACAAGGUGCCGAGGCACGAAUUUACCUUUCUGCCUACAAGGAUACGCCAUGUAUCCUCAAGGAGCGGUUCCCGAAGAAGUUUCGCCAUCCAGAAUUGGAUAAACAGUUAACAAGGUCGCGCAUUCGUGCAGAAGUCAAAGCAUUAAAGACAUGUGCUACUCUUGGCCUAAAAACACCACAAGUUUUCGCCUCGGAUCUGGACAAACGGACCAUCCACAUGGAGUUCUUCCCGUUUGCCAUCACUGCAAAGGAUUACAUCAUAAACGGUAACGAUGAGCAAAUAACGUGGAUAUCUCAGGAGAUAGGUAAAUACCUUGCCAAGAUGCAUAGCAACAAGCUUGUGCAUGGUGACCUAACCACCAGCAAUGUGUUGGUUUACAAUGAAGCAUCUGAAGAUGACUUCAGCAACACUGAGGAGUUAAAAAUUAUAUUUAUUGACUUUGGCCUGUCACAGCAUGAGGCAAGUGCUGAGGAUAAGGGUGUUGAUUUGUAUGUGUUAGAAAGAGCACUCCUGAGCACACACAGUGUUGCUGACCAAAUAUUUCCCACUAUAUUAGAGGCAUAUAAAAAUGAGUAUAAAAAUUGCGCGGAUGCUGUUCGUAAGUUUGAGGAAGUUCGUGCGCGAGGCAGGAAGAGAACGAUGGUCGGAUAGGUAUGAAAUUACUUAAAUAUUUAAAGUCGUGAUGCCAUGCCUCCGGCAGCGACAAUUGUUUCGCCUGUUAUGUAACGCGCGUCGUCGGACACGAGGAAGGCUGCAACUCCGGAGAUAUCAUCAACUUCACCCAGCCUGAACGUUUUAAAAGUAUUGACAUUUACAUAUUAAAUUUAAAACAAAGUUAGUACUCACCUUCCCAUUGGAAUUUGGCUUAAUGUGGCUUCCUGGGCUGUAGGUGAUUCAGUCAACUAAUUUUAAACAUUUAAUUCAAAGUUAAUUAAGUUUAAAAGAAAUUAUAUAAAAUACAAUAACUUACAGCUGCUGAAAA